AUGCGAGGCGAGGUCUGUCACGUACACAUUGGUCAGGCAGGUACACAGCUUGGCAAUGCCGCCUGGGAAUUGUACCUACUCGAACAUGGUCUGCAGCCUGAUGGCUGUGUCGAUCCCAAUGUAACCGAUGAGGCUACGAAAAGCGGCUCUUAUGAGACUUUCUUUACUGAGACUUCUGCCGGCAAAUAUGUUCCUCGUUCCAUCUUCGUCGAUCUUGACCCUUCUCCCAUCGAUGAGAUUCGCUCGGGUACCUACCGCGAUCUUUUCCGUCCGCAGCAGCUGAUCAGUGGCAAGGAAGAUGCCGCCAAUAACUAUGCUCGUGGUCACUAUACAACCGGGAGGGAUAUUUCUGGUGUGGUAAUUGACAGCCUUCGUCAUAUCGCUGAGAACUGUGAUUGCUUGCAGGGAUUUCUGAUUUUCCACUCCUUUGGUGGUGGCACAGGCUCUGGCUUUGGUUCCCUGCUGCUAGACCAUCUGACCAACAUGUAUGGCCGCAAGUCAAAGCUGGAAUUCUCGAUCUACCCUUCUCCGCGCACAUCGACGGCCGUGGUAGAGCCCUACAACGCCGUUUUGUCCACACACAGCACCAUUGAGAAUUCCGACUGCACCUUCCUAGUUGAUAACGAUGCCGUGUAUAAUAUCUGCCGCCGCAACUUGGACAUACCGCGUCCUGGCUAUGAGCACCUGAACCGUCUUAUUGCCCAGGUGGUGAGCUCCAUUACGUCCAGCUUGCGAUUUGAUGGUGCACUCAAUGUCGAUUUGGCUGAAUUCCAGACCAAUCUUGUCCCAUAUCCUCGUAUCCACUACCCGCUCAUCUCGUAUGCGCCAGUGAUCGGUAGCCAGUGCAGUUCCCACGAGAGCUUCAAGGUGCAGGAUCUAACAUUCCAGUGCUUUGAACCUAACAACCAGAUGGUUAACUGUAAUCCACGAAAGGGCAAGUACAUGGCCGUGGCUCUACUCUACAAGGGAGAUGUUGUACCCCAUGAUUGUACUAGGGCUGUGCACGCCCUCAAGACCAGAGGCAGUUUCAGUCUGGUCGAGUGGUGCCCCACUGGGUUUAAGCUAGGCAUCAACUAUCAAAAGCCUGUGCGUCGUCCUGACGAUGAACUUGCGUGUGUCGAUCGUUCGGUCAGUAUGUUGUCUAACACGACAGCCAUUGCAGAGGCAUGGAGCCGCCUUGAUCAUAACUUUGAUCUUAUGUAUUCCAAGCGUGCAUUCGUCCACUGGUAUGUUGGCGAGGGCAUGGAGGAAGGCGAGUUCUCUGAAGCGCGUGAAGAUCUUGCGGCUCUUGAAAAAGACUAUCAGGAGGUGGCUGAGGAUAGCGGCCCAGAGGAAGGGGUUGAGUACUAA